AAAUAAUAAAUAUGCAACCAAAACCAAACCUGCACUGCAUAGAUAAAGUUUGUAAGCAAAGCAUUAUACUCUUCCGUGUCGUAGCCUCACCGGAAACAAUAGCGAUAACCUCGGACUUUCUCCGGCGUUUCUCCGAUCUCCGUACACAAUCAUGACAACUUCAAAACGUCUUGCUGAAAGGAAGGUGGGGAAGUUCGAUAAGAACAUCAACAGGCGUGGAUCUGUUCCUGAAACAUCCACCAAAAAGGGGAAUACCUAUCCAGUUGGCCCUAUUAUGCUUGGCUUCUUUAUAUUUGUCGUCAUUGGAUCAUCUCUGUUUCAGAUCAUCAGGACAGCUACAACUGGUGGAAUGCCUUGAAGAUCCUCAAAAUUUAACCAUUUGUUAAUUGUAAUUUGUAAUUCUCUUUUUUAUCACACAAAACAAAACGCUG